UGCAAGUUUACUGAAAUGAAUUUUAUUUUUCAGGCUCGACUAGAGUAUUUGAGAGAUCAAUUUCAGAUCAGGGAAAGUGAUUUCUUAACAUUUGAUGCUUUGAGACAUGCAUCUCAGUGUGUAGGGCGAGCCAUUAGAGGAAAAACUGAUUAUGGCAUCAUGAUUUUUGCAGACAAGAGGUUUUCUCGUGUGGAUAAAUAUGGGAAAUUACCUAAAUGGAUUCAAGAAUACUUAACAGAAUCUUUCCAUAAUUUAUCUAUUGAAGAAGCUGUCCAAAUUGCAAAACGAUUCUUAAAGCAAAUGGCACAACCUUUUACUAGGGAAGACCAACUAGGUAUUUCUUUAUUAACACUCGAACAGCUUGAAUCAGAAGAAAUUAAAAGAAAGAUUGAAUCUCGAGUGCAGUUAUUAGGCCUUAAAUGCAUGAUCCUGUUUUUAUUGUACAAAAAUGGUUGAAGGUGAGAAGAAACUGUUUUCCCAAGAGAAGUAAAAAUACAACUAUUUCCUUUGAACAACCAAAUUAAUGAAUUCAAGCAAUAUGUGUGUAUUUAGUUUUGAAAGGAAGACGGAGAUUGAUUGUGAAUCUUAUUGAAGAAUAAAUAUGGAGAUUGAUUGUGAAUCUUAUUGAAGAAUAAAUAUAGCAAAAUCGG